AUGGGACAUACCCUAGUGGUGAUACUGGCAUUUUGUAUGGUUUUCGCCACCCCGGCCAGGGCGAGUUAUUCUGAUCGUCUAGGCGUGAACUGGGGGCGCCACACGACGCAGAAAUUGCUACCAUCCAUGGUCAUUGAUAUGCUACUGGAAAAUGGGAUCAAGAAGGUGAAGCUGUUCAGCCUGACGGAUGCUGUGCUCACGGCCUUCGCCUUCACCCAAAUCGAGGUCAUGGUUUCGAUCCCUAGUGUUCUCCUCAACGAAGUUAACACCACUGAUGAUGCCAGAGAUUGGGUGCAGAGAAACAUCGUCAAGUAUAUCAAUGAAGUCAACAUAACGAAUGUGGUUAUUGGGAAUGAACCAUUCUCUAUAGUAGACAAUGAACCACUUUACCUACAAAUUAUUUCAAUCAUGCAAAACAUUCAAACAGCUCUUAACGAAGCAGGCUAUGACAACAUCAAAACCACAGUUCCCCAUUUUUCGGACGUCUUAGUGCCAUCCCCCUUGGAAAAACCAUCACAGGCUGAUUUUCGAGAGGACAUUAAGGAAUACAUGCUUCAAUUUUUAACACAUCUCAAACAACAUGAUGCUCCCUUUCUAGCAAACAUUAGCCCCAUUUUUCUCAUCCAUCAAUUCAAUCUGACCGACACCGAAUUCUUAUUUGUUGAUAACAACUCGAGUGACACAAUUCGCGAUAACAAUGUCAUCUACGCGAAUGCUAUCGAUGCAAUCUAUGAUGCAUAUGUUUCGGCCUUGGAAAAAAAUGGAUUUCCGGAAAUGAGGGUGGUCAUCGGACAGAUUGGAUGGCCAACGGAUGGUGCUGCAGUAGCAAAUGUCGCGAAUGCUGAGAGAUUUUUCAAGGGAUUUCUCAAGAAAAUGGCUGAGGGACAAGGAACACCCCUUCGGCCUAAGCCUUUGGAAGCAUAUAUUUACAAUCUACAGGAUGAAAAUAAGAUCAAAACUACUUGGAGUCCCUACCAGCGCCACUGGGGAAUUUUCAAAUUCGACGGAAGGGCGAAAUACAAAAUUGAUUUGUCAGGCCAAGGGCGUGACAUCUACCCCCAACCGGCUAUGGGCGUUGUAGCCCUGCCCCUACGGUGGUGCGUGUUUAACAACGACAUGAUCAACAUGAGCAAAGUGCAAUGGAAUUUUGAUUUUGCAUGUAAUCAAUCCGAUUGCUCGAGCUUAGAACCGGGAGGCGUAUGCAGUGGACUGAGCUAUAACCAGAAAAUUUCUUACGCGUUUAAUAUGUUUUACCAAAUAAAAACGCAGAGGGCGAAUGAUUUGGUGUGUAAAUUUGACGGAUUAGGGAAGAUAGUAACGCAAAACCCUUCAACCAAAGUUUGUGAAUUCCCGGUGGAGAUUCUGAUGAGCCUUGAAGACAGAGGAUGGACGGCCAUGGCGUCGGGUUUAGCAGUUAAUUUUUCAUUGUUGAUGUUCUUCUUUGCAUUUUAUGGCUUCACAAGGCAAAAUGGGCUGUUCAAUGACACACUAAUUGAAUUUAAUUCCUAUACCCAUAUAAAACAGUUCAGUUCUUUGCAACUGUCUCACCAUCCUUCUAUCUUUACCCACAACCAAAGAGACUUGAGUCACAGCACUUCUCUCUGUACGGUUAAUUCUAGUUAUAUAGCUGUUGGGAGCUUGAUGGGUCCUUUUACAUUGGCUGUUGGUACGAAAAGCUCAACCAUAGUAUCAUCAGAUGCAUCCUACGAGAAAAUGCAAAACAUGGAGUUGGAACCGAAGAAAUUCUUUGCAUCAGUCAGCAGUGGAGAAGAGAAGCCAUUUGAUUUCUUACGCACUUUAUUUGAGGGUGUUAUUGCAGGAGGUACAGCUGGAGUAGUCGUUGAAACAGCUUUAUAUCCAAUUGAUACAAUAAAGACACGACUGCAGGCAGCUCGUGGUGGAGGACAAAUAGUUCUUAAGGGCCUAUACUCUGGAUUGGCUGGAAAUCUUGCUGGUGUCCUACCGGCUUCUGCCAUGUUUGUCGGUGUUUAUGAACCCACAAAGCAGAAAUUAUUGAAGGUUUUUCCCGAAAAUCUUAGUGCUGUUGCUCAUCUGACUGCAGGUGCCAUUGGAGGGCUUGCUGCUUCUCUGAUACGUGUUCCAACAGAGGUUGUCAAGCAAAGGAUGCAGACCAGUCAAUUUGCUUCUGCCCCUGAUGCUGUCCGCCUUAUUGUUUCCAAGGAGGGUUUUAAAGGUCUCUAUGCGGGGUUUGGAUCUUUUUUGCUGCGAGAUUUACCAUUUGACGCGAUUCAAUUCUGCCUGUAUGAGCAGCUUCGAAUAGGUUAUAAGUUGGCGGCCAAGAGAGAUCUAAAUGAUCCUGAGAAUGCUAUGGUUGGCGCUUUUGCUGGUGCACUUACAGGAGCUAUAACUACUCCCCUUGAUGUGAUAAAGACAAGAUUAAUGGUUCAGGGAUCAGCAAACCAGUACAAAGGUAUUUUUGAUUGUGUUCAGACUAUUGUCAAAGAGGAAGGACCUCCUGCCCUUUUGAAGGGUAUUGGGCCAAGAGUGCUGUGGAUUGGCAUUGGGGGUUCAAUAUUCUUUGGUGUUCUUGAGAGCACAAAGCGAUACCUUGCUCAGAGGCGCCCUAUUCAUCAAGAUCCAUACUCAAAGCAAGAUUAG